ACUGUGAAAAACCGUCGUUGGUUUCGGAUCGGACGGUUUAAUUAAAUCACUUAAAUGCAAGUUUUUCUUUUCUUUAUUUUUAUUUUUUAAAUUAAACGAAACAUAUCAGAAUUUAUUGUGAAUUUGAUUGAUAUAGUGGUAAUCACCUUGAAACAUCUGACAGAGUAUUGGAAUAGUAUUUAUAAGAAGGUAGUUAAAACGACGUUGGCAGUCUACACGGCGCUAUUCGUUGGAACUAUCCGCGAGUGAAUUUUCGUUUUAUUUAUUUUUUGUUUAACAACAAUUUUCAAUUCAAAAUCAGUUUUUUUGAAAUUGUGUGUGAAAACGGAAACACUAUGCCAGCUCGCGGUGAUUUAACAAUGGAAAGUUUAGCGGAAGAAACGAAUGUUUCUAGUGGGUCCGAGUGUACAGGACUAUCGGAAGAUGAAGAUUUGAUAAUAAAUCAUCACAGUAACAAGUGCCGUGUAUCCACUCCGACAGUUAAAGAGGCUAACGAUAAUCAUGAACGGUUCGAAAGUUUGCCCAUACGUUCGGUGCAUGAAACGUUUCUGCGUAAUUGCAUUGAAGAGAUUUUAAAUUCGGCCGUUUUCAGUGCAACUGAUCGGGCGAACAAAGUUGUAGAGUUUAAAAAUCCCGAAAUUUUAUCAAAUAUUUUGGAUUUGAAACUGAAAAGCAACAGUGAUUCGGAUGAGAAGUUGUUGCAGUUAUUGAAGGACACCAUCAAAUAUUCGGUUAAAACAGGCCAUCCUUACUUUGUCAAUCAAUUAUUUUCGGGCGUCGAUCCAUAUGCAUUGGCUGGCCAAUGGUUAACCGACGCAUUGAAUCCAAGUGUGUACACGUAUGAAGUGUCUCCUGUAUUUACCCUGAUGGAAGAAGUUGUUCUGGAGGAAAUGAGAAAAAUUGUUGGGUACGAGAAUGGAGUGGGUGAUGGCUUGUUCGUUCCGGGAGGAUCGAUAGCUAACGGAUACGCCAUCAGUUGUGCUAGAUAUAAAUACAUGCCUGACGCCAAGUCAAAAGGACUAUGCAAUUUACCUAGACUCGUUAUGUUCACAUCGGAGGACUCGCAUUAUUCAGUGCAGAAGCUCGCAAGCUUUAUGGGCAUUGGGUCGGAUAAUGUUUACAAAAUCAAAACCGACAUGAGAGGUAAACUCAGAGUCGAUCAUUUGGAAAUGGAAAUUGAACGAGUCAAAACGGAAGGAAAUGCAAUUCCAUUUAUGGUGUCAGCAACAGCCGGUACAACGGUUUUGGGCGCCUUCGAUCCGCUCGACGAUAUCGCUGAUCUAUGCAAGAAACACAAUUUGUGGAUGCACGUGGAUGCAGCUUGGGGUGGAGGUGCAUUGAUGUCACAAAAAUAUCGAGCUCUUCUGAAGGGUAUUGAAAGAUCAGACAGUGUCACCUGGAAUCCCCAUAAAUUAUUAGCUGCCCCGCAACAGUGUUCAACAUUUCUCACAAGACACCAAGGCAUUUUAUCACCAUGCCAUUCAACAAACGCAACGUACCUCUUCCAGAAGGAUAAAUUCUACGACACCAAGUACGACACUGGUGACAAACACAUCCAAUGCGGCCGUCGUGCCGAUGUUUUGAAAUUUUGGUUUAUGUGGCGUGCUAAAGGUACAAUUGGCUUUGAGGCUCAUAUUGAUCGCGUGUUCGGAAAUGCAGAAUACUUUACGCAGCAAAUUAAGCAACGGAAAGAUUUUGAAAUGGUACUUGAUCAGCCGGAAUGUACAAACAUUUGUUUCUGGUAUAUUCCGCCGAGCUUACAAAACGUUCCGCGAGACGAUGACUUCCGAGGAAGAAUUCAUCGCGUAGCGCCAAAGAUUAAAGAGAGAAUGAUGAAAGAGGGGACGAUGAUGAUGACCUAUCAGCCGUUGAAGGAGAAGCCAAAUUUCUUUCGAUUAGUUUUACAAAAUUCAGCCCUCAACAAAGACGAUAUGCUGCACAUUAUUGACGAGAUCGAGCGAUUGGGAUGUGAUUUGUAAAUUACUAUUUAUGACUCGAUACGUGGAUAAAAUAUAUAACGAAGGUUUUACUGAA